AUUCAAAAUAGACAGUACCUUGCUUUUGUCCAAUCAUUUCCUAGUCUUUGGAACGGUUAUUGCAACUUGUAACUAGGCUAAAUAACCGCUUUAUUUUUGGCGCGAAGUUACUUACCAGUUAUGUUUGGAAGAAAUUAAAAUCAUACUGCGUGUUUCGAAAUUUAAUUCAAACGUACCGGUCCGAGGUAUAAUAUUGCGUUAACGUUCGAUGUAACGUCGUAAAACUGGGAUCACUUCUUCAAAACACAGAAAUCGUAACGUAUUCGUAAAGCUUAUAGAAUUGAAUUGAUUUAUACUAUCUACUUGAUUGCUAGUCUAAUAACAUGGAAGAUCCAACUACUGCACGUUUAAAAAGUUUGGUCGUCAGUAGUAACGAUGCAUUGGAAUUUAAAUUAGUACGAUUCGUUGAAGAUUUAGAGGACGACGAUACCACGUUUAAACCAGAAAUGUCUCAUCAGGUGUUUGGAGAUAGUGAAUCUAUAUUUGGUUACCGGGACCUGAGGGUGAAGCUAUAUUAUUCAGCAGGGUGUUUAGAAACUUAUUUGGGUAUAACUUUUUCGGAGAAAGUAAGUACGACACAUUCCGAGGGAGUCGAAGCCGACGAAGUGCUGCCAAAAAUUGCUGACAAACUGGCUCCACAAGUGCAUAACAAUAUAGAUUCAUUUAUUGAAUCGUUAAAGAAGGAUGAUACGUUUAGACCACAUGGUGAACUGCUUCAUUCAUUUUCCCUCGAUGAUGGAGAAAGUACAAGGACUUUUGAGGUCUAUAAAGCAGAUAUGAGUUUCAAAGGGUUCAGAGAGUACCAUCAACGUCUUCAAACGUUUGUUUUGUGGUAUAUAGAUGCUGCUAACUUUAUAGAUGUAGACGAUGAUCGCUGGCAUUACUUCAAUAUGUUUGAAAAAUAUCAAACAACGAAUGGCACCGUUCGUUAUGCAACCACAGGGUUUGCUACCGUUUAUCAAUAUUAUGCAUAUCCAAGUAAUACCAGGCCUCGUAUAGCCCAAGUAUUAAUUUUACCACCUUUCCAAAACAUUGGCCUUUGUACACACUUGUUACAGGCCAUUUAUCGAGAUUAUAUUGGAAGGAGUGAAGUUAUAGAUAUAACAGUUGAAGACCCGUCUGUGCCGCUCCAGCGUAUACGAGAUUACGUGGACGCAAUGAACUGCAGUACAUUAUCUAGUUUCUCGCGAGAAUGUCUGCUUCAGGGUUUUAACAAAGCAAUGGUCGUAGAAGCUAGGGAGAAGUUCAAGAUCAACAGGAAACAAGCUCGCAGGGUGUACGAGCUCUUGAGAUUACGCGCGACGGAUCUGACGAAUGAGCAAGAAUAUCGGGAAUACAGAUUGAACAUAAAGAAGAGACUGAACAUUCCUUACAGGCGGGAACAGAGUGAUUUAAGGAAAUUGGAAUGCGCGUUGAAGAACAUCGACAGACGCGUGAACAUUGCUUUGCCCACAAUGGAACAGCGCAUACAGAUUCUCGAGAAGGAAUACAAAACUUUAGAAGACGAAUAUAAGAAAGUGAUCAAACGUUUAGAAGAUGCGGAGGAAUUAUAAAAUUUGACAUUUCUUUUUUUUUUCAGUUCUUUUUUAUUUUUCAUUAUCUGUAUGAGUCGACUGAUGAUGCUCGAAUACGAAUAGUUAGUCAACGAUUUUUUUUUAUUGGCUCAAUAAAGUGAUUUUGUAUUAAA